AUGACUUCCUUUACUAAGCUGAGUGACCAGGAUGCUCCGGUCAUCUCUGUUCAUCCUUCGCGCCGGAUCUCGAAGAUUAAUCCGAAUAUCUAUGCCGGCUUCACUGAGCAUAUGGGCCGAUGUAUCUAUGGAGGUAUCUAUGAUCCCGGUAACCCAUUGUCGGACGAAAAUGGAUUCCGCAAGGAUGUCCUUGGGGCGCUGAAGGAUCUCAACAUUCCUGUUGUUCGUUACCCUGGUGGAAACUUCUGCGCAACCUAUCACUGGUUAGAUGGUGUUGGUCCCAAGGAUCAACGACCAGCCCGGCCCGAGUUAGCUUGGCUUGGAACAGAGACCAACCAGUUUGGAACCGACGAGUUUAUGAAGUGGUGUGAAGUUCUUGACACUGAGCCUUACCUGUGCUUUAACUUUGGAACUGGUACUCUUGACGAAGCCUUGGGAUGGUUGGAGUACUGCAAUGGAACCGGCAACACAUACUAUGCCAACCUCCGACGCAAGAAUGGACGUGAAGAGCCGUAUAACGUCAAAUACUGGGCACUCGGUAACGAGACAUGGGGCCCAUGGCAGGUUGAACAGAUGACCAAGGAAGCAUAUGCGCACAAAGCCCUGCAGUGGGCUAAAGCUCUCAAACUCCUCGACCCAAGCAUCGUCCUCAUCCUCUGCGGCCAAGACGGCACCGCUUCAUGGGAUUACUAUACCUUAAAACACUGCCUUCUCCCCGCCCACUCCGCCCUCUCAACAAGCGCAGUUCCCCUCAUCGACAUGCACAGCAUCCACCUCUACACAUGCUCCAACUCUCACCUUCCAAACGCCACAGCUCCCCUAGCAGCCGAACGCGCGAUCGAAAUCACAUCCUCCUUGAUCGACCUCGCCCGCAUCGAAAACGGCGUCCCACCUAGCCAACUCCGUCCAACAAUUUGCUUCGACGAGUGGAACGUCUGGGAUCCCAUCCGUGCAGAGGGAAGCCACGGCGCAGAAGAGAGCUACACGCUCUCCGACGCACUAGCCGUCGCCGUAUGGCUGAAUGUGUUUGUGCGCAAGAGUCGCGACCUGGGAAUGGCGUGUAUCGCACAGAGUGUGAACGUUAUUUCGCCGCUUAUGACUACCAAGGAUAAGAUCAUUAAGCAGACUACUUGGUGGCCGCUGUAUUUGUUCUCGAAGUUCAUGCGUGGGUGGACAAUCUCUGCGCAUGUUUCUUGUGGAACUUAUGAGGGGGAGACUGCGCCUAAGUGGUUGCGGGGUACUGUUGAUACACCUUGGUUGGAUGUUAGUGCUAGUCUUGGCGAGGAUGGAUAUGCUAAUUUGGCGGUUGUGAACAUUCAUGAGGAGAAGGGCUUUGAGACUGCUGUUGAAGGUAUUGUUGGCACUGCGCAGGUUUUCACUGUUACAGGUGGUGAUGUUAUGGCUACGAAUAUGAAGGAGACCGAGGAGGUCCGUGUUGAGGAGUCUACUUGGGAUGGAUCUGGGAAAUAUGUUUUCCCCAAGCAUUCACUGACUUUGCUGAGAUGGAAGGCUGAGUAA